AUGAGCAGCCAACUCCAAUCCGAUAUAGGAAGAAUUAAAACUGAGAUAGAACGCACUAAAGCUCUCCCGGCUAAUAACCCAGGACAUGCCGUCACUCUUCCGCCUUUAUAUGCUUACCCUGCUGAAAUACAGAAAGCAGAAAAUUUUCUAUUGAAAGAUUCGAGAAAAGUGCCGCAAUUGCCUCUUCAAGGUACAAGAGGACUUGAAGCAAAUGGCUAUCCAGAAGCUUAUGACAUGUCAUUAUUAUUCACUGGGAGUGCUCUUCAGCUCUUCUUACAUAUAAUCUCUCCCGAAGAUGAUGAAAUGGAGUACAGGCACGUGGUCUUGCCUCGUGCUAUUGCUGAAUUUCUUCCGCCAAAUAAGCUCAUGACAGAAGAAGAAUGGAGAAGUUUUGGCCUUCAACAGUCUACGGGAUGGGAGCACUAUAUGAUUCAUUGUGACGCCGGAACCUCAUAUUCUGCUUUUUCGACGAGAAAGAGACUAUCAACUCAAAUAUCCUCCUGCAAAGGGAAAUCAAGUCUGAAGAUUAAGUGUUGGGGGCAGGAUAUUAUGACGACACUGGUCAUCGCCAUGGAUAUAAGUCAGGAUGAUUCGAAGCGGCGGUAUGCUUUACUGAUAAUUGCUUGA